AUGGCGGGAGAAGGCGGCAGGGAGGGCGCCCGGGCCCCGGCCCCCAGCCCGGCCCCCGCUCCGCAAAGCAGCUGCUGCAGCGGCGGCGGCGGCGCUCUGGCCCCGCCCCGCCCGGCGCGCCCCUCCGGCCAUUGUCCCGCGGCGGCCGUCGGGAGCGCGGCGCCGGCCUGCGGGCUGACCCGGGUCUCGGCGCUGCGGCCGCCGCUCUCCGAAGACCGGGGCUCCCCUCAGGCCUCCAGCGGGGAGCGGGAGUGGGGCCUCGGCGCGGGCGCCCCGGGGCGCCGAGGUCACCCUGAGAGCGAAGAUCCGGGUGGGGCCCCCGGGCUGGCGGGACCGGAGGGGCAGCGAAUGGCAGGGGAGCUGAAAGAAGAAAGUGAAGGAAAAAAAGAGAGGCCUUACAUGACUAAGGGUGUCUGUCACCAUUGGCUCUUCCUUUACAUCAAACUCCAAAUUGAUCUGCUCCAAGAAAUUUUCCAAGCCCAGGCUCAUGCAUCCUGUUGAGACCAAGGAGCAGCGCUGGGAUAUUUUUGUGUGUAACAUGGAAGUCCCAACUCAAAUCGGUACAUAAUUCCUAAACUUUUUUUUUUUUUUUAAGCAAGCAAUUUCAGCUUCUUGCAUUCUCACCAGAACCGAGCAAGCACUUACCUUUGGGGAGAACUGUGGUUUACAUUAUAAUAAUAUUCAUAGGAUGAGAGACAGGGAAAGUGGGAAGUGUAGGGAUGUUUAAAUUUUUCUCUCGAAUGUUCAAUAAUUUGAGUGUAUUAAAAAAAAAACCUGAUAAUACAUAGAUUAACCUGUAUGCCUGCAAAAAAGGCAUACAGAUUUUAUUAUAUGCACACGUGUGCAUGGAAGUCAAACAAAAUAAAACCUCAAGGAAAUGGCCAGAUGGUUGCCACUUUUAUAUCGCCUUGAGGUUACAGAAAGAAUGGGGGCUUGGCUCUUGGCAAGAUACAUUAUGGGAAGGAGAGAAAAGGUCUGGCUAGAUGAAACCUCCUUGUAAAAGCCCAUAGAAAAAGUAGACAGUGAAUCUUUCUUUCAGACCUUUAAAGGUCAGACUGUCAGCUAAACUUCCUAGAUCUGGACAAAGCAGGGCCUCAGAGAAAACCUGGAUGACUCAUUGCAGGUUUUCUCAACAGAUGCAGAUUUCCACCACAAAAGACAACCUUGCAGGCCUUCUGAGCAGCCAUCUCAAAAUAUGUCCACAAAGUAUAUUUUGAAGUGAAGUUUUUUAGUUUCCUUCAAGAACAUUCAAUAAACAUCAUAAAAAACCAA